AAAAAACAGCCAGUAGAUCGAAAAGAAACAUGAAUAUGUUACUCCUAAUUGCUACUGUUACCUUUUUCUUUCUAAGCCGAGGAACUCCAAGUGCACUAGAUACCAUCUUUCUGAAUCAAAACAUUACAGAUGGUGAGACAAAAGUUUCACGGCAUGAAAAGUUUGAGCUCGGUUUCUUCAGCCCAGGCAGUUCGAAAAAUCGAUACCUUGGGAUAUGGUUUAAGAACACAUCACCUCGUACGCCUGUAUGGGUUGCUAACAGGAAAUUCCCACUUGUUAAUGCCUUGGGUAUGGUCAAAUUGGAUAGCCACGGAAUCCUCUCUCUCGUUAAUGACGGUGGCACAGUCAUUUGGUCAUCCGAUGCCUCAGCAUCCAGCACAAAUGUCAGUCCGAAAGCAAGACUAAUGGAUACUGGCAAUCUGGUUAUUGAAGUUAAAAAUAGUGUCAUUUGGCAAAGUUUUGAUUACCCUGGAGAUACGUAUAUACCAGGAAUGAAAUUAGGCAAGGACCUCGUGACAGGACGAGAGAUGUACUUGACAUCAUGGAAAAGUUCGGAUGAUCCUGCCCUAGGUGAGUAUACAAUCAGGCUGUUAAUGGUCAAGGAUAAAUAUCCACAAAUAUAUAUCCGUAAAGGUUCUGUUAUUGAAACAAGGAUCGGGCCUUAUGAUGGCAUAGAGUUUGCUGGCCAUCCAAAUUCUAGACAUGACUCUAAUCAUAUGUACAACACCGGGAUGGUGUUCAAUGAAAAGGAGAUUUAUUACACACGUAGUUCUAAUAGCUCCACAUUCUUAUUAUCAAGGUCGGUAAUGAGUCUUAGUGGCAAAUAA